GUUAAAAGUUAAGGAGAAACAGAACAGAGAAACUAUUUGUUAGAAGAAGACCAUAAAAUAAUUACAUAAUGCACUUUUUGCCUUGAAACAAGAACCGCAAACACUGCAUUAAUAAUGCACUUAAUUAACACAGGAUUGCGCCUUGAACUAAAAGAACGAAGAUGCAAAUACUCGUACUUGGCUACUAGCAGUAUUACACGAGAGUAAUUGUCAAAAAGUACAGUACAAAAUAAUUAGUUCCGUCACAGGAGAUGUAGAUUGUGCCCGAGCUUUAGUGAGGGCUGGCAAAAUUUUACAUUAAAAUUCGCUUCUUCGUCGUUCGUGACCAAGCUUUUUUCCCAUGAUUUAUAAGCCACAUGAACUUGACACACAUGUUUAAUAAACAUUUUCUAGCACUGGUGCUACAUUGCGUCUAUAACAUAAAAACAACAAGAAAAACAAGGUCGAUAAUUAAAUAUACAUUUAAAAUAACUUACUCUUUCUCAAAACCCGCAUUUUAUCUCAACUCUUCACACACUUUUGCAGAAAUGCUAAUCGUACUUGUAUCACUUGUAGUUUGUGUCUCUAGCAAAAGUUUACGUAAGUACCGAAACCAUUUUGCCUCAUUUCCAAAAUAUUUUCAGUUUACAGCACCAGAAAUUCAAAAAUGUCGAAAAUUUGACCCAAAAUUGGGAGAAUGUUUAGCCGAAAAAGUCGUUGACUCAAUGCACAGGUUUAAACAAGGUAACAAGGAACUGGGAAUUGUUCCUCUGGAACCUCUUGUUAUACAAAAAUUGGAAUUUGGAAAUUCUGGUGAUGGACCAGUUGCUAUACAACAGGUAUACGAAAAUUUGAAGCUGUUUGGAAUCACAGCUUUCACUAUAUACGACUCGGAGGCCAAUUUCAGUGACGAAAACUGCUACUGGAGGUUCAAAAGCUACGGAAAUCUUGUCCGAAUGGAAGCCGAUUAUAAAAUGAGUGGACAAUUGUUACUUUUCCCUAUAAAUGGCCACGGGAAAAGUAACAACACUUUGUAUGAAUGCGAAGCUGUGUACAACACAAGGUGUGAAAAGUACACAAAAAGGAAUCAAAAACACAUUCGUAUGACUGAUUUUGUGCUAAAACUAAAGCCAAAAAGGAUUGUGUUUGGUUUUGAGAAUCUGAUUGACGGGAAUGAACAGUUUAGUAACGAAGUUCUGAAGACGAUCAACGAAAAUUCUGAGCAAGUGUACGCAGAUGUGGCUCCAGCUAUUAACGAAGCUAUAGCGAAAAUCGAAAAGGAAAUUGUUAAUCAAGUGUUUUCCAGAGUGCCAGAGGAUGAGCUGUUUUUGUCAUAAGUUGUCACUGUACAAUAAAUUAUCACAACUGCGACAACUGAUCGCAGCGACAAUUGAUCGCACGUAAAUUGAUCGCAGCCUCAAUUGGUCGCAAGGUAAAAGUCAUCGGGAAGUAUUUUCUUUUAUUAAAACUAAAUAUUUUGUAUUCUGAAUUUUAAGUUGCAAUAAAUUUAGCAAUCAGGUAAGGUGUAAAUAUCGAAUUAAAAACAAUUUGAAUAUAGAUAAGUGACGAAGUUUGUAGAUCCACUUUAAAAAUUAAAAAA